AUGAGUGGCGCAACGUCAAUACGCAACGGUGCAGGCCGCAGCGACGCGGGGCCUGAUGUUCCGACGAUCAAGAUUGCCGAGGAACAUGGACACGGACAUGAGCACGGCCAUGGCGAUGGCGACGUGGUGGACGCCGGGUUGAAGAGUUUAGAUCACUAUAAGCGCGCCCUGCCAAAAUGGCGAUAUCGUCUGCGUCAGCGGUUGCUACCCCUCGUGCGCUGGGAGACGCCGUACCUUGCGUACUUCCAGAACGCGCUGCGGUCGCCGGCGCUGGACAGUUAUUUUGCCAUAACUGCCAAUCUUGGCACGCACACUUUCUUCAUGAUCGGACUGCCCAUGUUGUUCUGGUUUGACUACGCCAAGUUUGGAAAAGGCCUCGUCCACAUUCUUGCCUCGGGAGUCUUCUUCAGCGGCUUUAUCAAAGAUAUGUGCUCGCUUCCCCGGCCGCUCUCGCCUCCACUUCACCGCAUCACCAUGUCCGACUCGGUUGCCCUCGAAUACGGCUUCCCGUCAACGCACUCGACAAAUGCCGUCUCCGUUGCCGUUUACGCCGUUCUUAUGCUCAGCGAGUCCGACCUUGCCCCGUCCACCAAGCUCUUCCUCGAGAGCCUCAGCUACUUUUAUGCCUUCUCCAUCAUUGUCGGCCGCCUAUACUGUGGCAUGCACGGUUUUUUCGACGUUGUCAUCGGCAGCGUGCUCGGCGCCGUCAUCAGCUGGAUCGAAUUCUACUGGGUACCUGCUCUCGACGCAUACAUGCUGCAGAGUUCCUGGUGGGCACCCAUCAUCGCCGCCCUCAUCAUCAUCGUACUCGUCCGUAUCCACCCGGAGCCAGCCGACGACUGCCCGUGCUUUGACGACUCAGUUGCCUUUGCUGGUGUUAUGAUCGGCCUUGAGAUUGGCACGUGGCAUAUCGGCCGUUUGCGGAACACCUUCUCUCUGCUCCCGGGCGGUAUUGCCUCUCCGAGCUGGCCUAUCGCACUGGCCCGUGUUGUGUUUGGCGUGCUGGUUGUGUUUGCAUGGCGCGAGGUCAUGAAGCCCACACUGCUUAAAGUCCUGCCGUUUUUGUUCCGUGUCAUUGAAACGCAUGGUCUCAACCUGCCUCGCCGUUUCUUCGUGCAGGCCAGCGAGUAUGGCAAGAUUCCCGAGGUGCUGCUUCUGCGCACCGACAACGUCAUUCCCAGCGUCAGCGACAUCCCUAUCAUGGUACGCAAUAUCCGCAAUGCGCGGCGCGGACGGUCGAUCAGCAUCGGCCCGCAGAGUGCUGCCGAUGCAUAUGAGACGCUUGCCUAUCGUGAACGACGCCGGCGGGAGAGCAUCGGUAGCCAGGGAAGCGCGGGCGUGCGCAGCAAAGGCAGCAUGUACGACCUACGCGGCGAGCAGGGAGACGGGGCAGCAGCGUCCGCGGUAUCGGUCGGCAACGGUGAAGCGGUGCCGCUCGCGAGAAGCGGUGGGACUGGUACGAGCAGCGGUAUCAGUGCCGGCGGCACAGCCAACGACCGCGAAAGCAAGGGACGGUCGGCGUCGGUUGCGCGGAAAAACUCGCUGGCACAGUUUGAAGAGAUGAUGGGCCAGGGCACAGUGGUCGAGGUGCCGCAAUCACAACAGACGACAGCAUUCCCGCGGUUAAACACCGAAGAUGACGCGGCGGUCGACGAGCCAGACCUGUUUGUGGGCCGGCAAGACGAGCUUGGCGAGCGGGAGAUGUUUGAGAAGUUGGUGAAGCCGCGUGUGCGGUACGAUGUGGAGGUGGUCACAAAACUGAUUGUGUAUGCUGGUAAGUGGAUCCACGUAUAG